AGCCGGGGGUUCCGCACCGAGAAACAGAUCGGUACCGCACCAAAUCCCGUUUUGUCAGUGUCAUUUUGGCUGCACGUCCGAAACCGCAUCGCGUCAUUCGACAACGAGACCGACCGAGAAUAUAGCGACUCCAUCGGGCGAGCGUCAGAGUCGUCCGAGGGUGACAGUUUGCGCUGAAAAUUCGCGAGACGACAUUUAGGUGCGAGUUGAUGAAGAGACGCGAUCGAGAAAUAGAAAACGAGUUUGAUAGUCAAAGAUAAUAGAUUAAAAAAAUACAUAUCAAUUGAUAAGUUUCCGGAAUGGGAUCCCAGUAAAAGCCAAGCAAAUAUUGCGAGAGAGAUAUUGUAAAAUAUAAUAAUCACAAAAGGAAGAGAGAGAGAGAGAGAGAAUAAAAAAAAUAAUUAGUAUGAAAAAAUAUAUCAUAAAAUAUGAUAACCGGCAAUAAGUUUCAUUCCGACGACAUUUAAAUGGAAAUUGAAGAUCUUCGUAUUCGAGAAAUAUAAAAAUAAAAAAUAAAUAAUCGAAGAUAAUAAUUGGGCAAUAAUUUUCGUUUGUUUGAUAAAAAUUAAAGAGACUUUCGUGAUCGAGGAAUACAACAAGGUAUAAUAAUAGGUUUUAUAAAUUGGAAAUUCGAAGUGAACACACACACACACACACACACAUUUUGUGAAGUUAGUGAAUUGAAAAGACCUGACAGUGAUAAUACCAGACACCAUGCUUGGUGGAUACGAGGCGCAGACAGAGUACUAUCCGCAAUGGCAUCAGCCAUAUAAUUAUGUCACUCAGCUUCCUUACGGGCCCCUCGGCUCGGUUCCCGACGCCGACAGUCAAUCAACGUACUGGGGUGGCGCAGAUUCCGGCACCUCGGGGAACAGCUCGGGGGCAGGUAGCUCCACCGCGUCGACGCCACCUCUGAUCGAGGAGAUCGGCAUCCAGGAGACGAGCUACUCGCCGCUGCAGCAAUACGUGCACCCGACGGCCAGCCAGCAUUACGUUACUCUGCCGUAUCCCCAGGGGCAACAGGAAACGUCGCCUCACCAUCAUCACCAUCACCUGCACCAUCACCAUCAUCAUCAACCCGGUCACCGACGCGAGCACGAGUUCGCGAGCGCCCAGAUCGGUCAGCAGGUUGUCAGCGGGGUGGUUGGUACCCUUCAGCAACAUCUUCAUCAGGGCGUUCGCGAGAGCGGCGUGGUACCCCCCAGACCAAAAAGGCGAAACACCGCGAACAAGAAAGAGCGCCGCCGCACGCAGAGCAUAAACAACGCCUUUUCCGAUCUGAGGGACUGCAUCCCCAACGUCCCAGCGGACACGAAAUUAUCCAAGAUAAAGACCUUGAGGCUAGCGGCAUCUUACAUCGGAUAUCUGAUGGCGGUCUUGGAGAGCGACGAGGGAGAGGAACCGCAGACCUUCCGCGCAGAGAUUCUCUCGAACGGCAGGAGAAAUAAAACGACUCAACCCAAUCAGAAUGAAUCGUGUUUGCAAUCUAUCCCGAAUCUCGGCCACGAAGAACCGACGAAGAGCAAAGGACGAACGGGUUGGCCGCAGCACAUGUGGGCCCUCGAAUUAAAGCAAGAAUCACCGACCAACCAGAUGCAAUAAAAUACACCGAAGACACUCCUGUCAAAACAUAUCUGCGAUAUUCGCGAAAUAUCGUUCAAAACGAGCGUUACUUUUUGCGCUUGACGCUUUUUACCGCCAGAAAAAAAUAUGAGUUGCGAUUUAACGACCAUGCGUCUUUCAGACAUCUUCGAACAUCUCUCGGAAAUUCGAAAUUAUGAUGACUUAUAACAUCCUGGAUGAAAUAAUGUUUUAUAAACGAAGCAUUCAUUUAUAAAACUUCAAACAAAAAAAAAUUAAGCAAUUGUAACUUAGCAAAAUGUAUGAUUAUUGGAUAAAAAAUGAGUAGAAUCGUUUGUGUAUAUAGCGCGUUCAUGAUCGUUGUGCGUAUAUGUACAUAGAAUUUUGUUCCUUCUGUAGCGAUCGAUGUCUAUAUUUUGAACCAAAGAAUAUUAUUUUAUAUAUAAGCUCCGUGAUUGAGUUGUAAUCAAUAAAAUCAUAAUUUUGAUGUAAAAAUGCGCGUCGUUCAGAUUUAAGAAUCUCUGUAAAGUUUUGUAUAUAAAGUAUCAUAAAAAAUGUAUAAAGUGUCGCUAGCAAUAAACAAUGUAUCA